CUGACGCCUUCGUUGUAGGUUUGCAUUGGCAUCAUGAACGCGCCCCUACAGAAUUCUACGCAAUGAGUGCUGUGGUGACGUAUGUCAAAGCCGACCUAUCCAGUCGCGCUUCUCUCUUCCCUAUUCCAUUUUCUGAAAGGGACAUCCGUGCAUGUCAUCCGUUCCAGACUGCAAUUUACUUGAAAUUGGCAAUGAGUCAGUUCGUCGAUAAAAUGGGAAAGACUUCGUCCAAAGUCUCAUCUGGUCACUCGUGUCUACCGAGUCCGUAAUUUCACCAGUUGCGGAUUUCCCAUAGCCAUUCUGUCUUUGCAAAGUCACCAGAGCCCUCUGUCGCUUCUCUGCUACAGAAUGCUCAGGCUGUUUGUUGUCUUGGUUCUAGUCGGAUUGCUGUUAGCGUCCCUUGCCUCCUGGGUGAUAGACAGCUAUGAUACGACUUUGCACCUGAAGCGGAGUUUGGGUCAGGUCAGCGCUGAAAAUGCUGCUAAGGUCACUGGGCCCCCAUAUCCGGGUGGUGAACUGAAUAACAUAUUUUGGUUUGUACAGGUAUCCGACAUUCAUAUCAGUCGCUUCCGUGACCCACGCCGUGUUCCAGAUUUUGAGAAGUUUUGCACUGAGACUAUUGAUGUGAUCAAACCUGCUCUUGUACUUGCAACAGGUGACCUGACGGACGCAAAGACAGAAAGUAAAGUGGGUUCCCUUCAGCAUGAAGUAGAGUGGCAAGCUUACCACAAUGUUUUGAAGAGGUCACAUGUCAUGGAGCGCACCAAAUGGAUUGACAUCCGAGGAAACCAUGAUGCUUUCAACAUUAUUUCUCUGGAGAGCGUUAACAACUACUACAGAAAGUACUCGGCAGUACAGAAGGUGGGAUCAUUUCACUACAUCCACAAGACUCCAUUUGGCAAUUACUCCUUCAUCUGUGCCGAUGCCACCCUCACCCCUGGACCCAAGAGGCCUUAUAAUUUCUUUGGCAUUCUUGGCGAGGACCAAAUGAAGCAGCUGGCGGCAUUCCAAGCAGAGAGCGACAGUAGCAACCAGACCAUCUGGUUUGGUCACUACACCACCUCCACCAUCAUCUCUUCCUUCCCUGGCAUCAGGGACUUGAUGAGUUCGGCUGUGGCAUACCUGUGUGGGCACCUGCAUACCCUGGGUGGACUGAUGCCAGUUCUGCACAGCAGGCAUUCGUCCGGUACUCUGGAGCUUGAGCUUGGGGACUGGAUGGACAAUCGCAGAUAUCGCGUGCUGGCUUUUGACCAUGACCUGCUGAGUUUUGCAGACCUCAAAUUUGACGAUUGGCCUGCAGUGAUCAUCACCAACCCCAAGGAGGCGCUGUAUAUGAAGCCCGGCGUGGAGCCUCUGGAACGCAUUCGCAGCUCCACACACAUCAGGUGUCUCCUCUGUGUGAUCCUGGUGUUCUCUGUGGCCCCCAUUAGAGAGGUGCAUGUCACUGUGGAUGGCGCUCCCUGGGGGAUAGCCUACCCAGUCGGAGGUCCACUUUACGUGGUGCCCUGGGACCCCUCACUCUUCAGCAGUGGCUUACACACUAUAUCCGUGAUGGUGGAGGAUGCAGCAGACCGUGUGAAGGUUCGAGAGCAGCAGUUCACCCUGGAGGAGGACCUGACGCCCAGUUUUGGCUUUGUCCAGUCCUUUAUUCUUCUUACUGACCACUACAUUCUGGGACGUCUUGGAUUUGUGACACUGGUGCUGCUCAAUGUUGGUCUUCUUGUGGUGUUCCGAUUCCAGAGUGUUCCGGUCUGCAGAGGGGUCUUGUCUCCAGUGUACACAUCUUUACACCUCGUCAGCAAAACAGACCUAUUCUACUACUCUCUGCUUCUCUUCAACUUGUGCACAGCAAUAGGUCCUUGGUUCAUCGGUGAGGUGAUUGACGGUCAGAGUGGUGCUUGUUUUGCGUAUGGAGUGUUUGUUGAUGGAUACUUCCUGGAGGGCAGCCUCACCUACGUUGUUGGAAUUCUCCAGCUGGUCUUCUUCAACAUCCCCCUGAACUGCUACCUUUGCUGGAGCCUCCACCUGCGCUACCGUGGCAACUCCCUGGGCUCGCACCUGUGCCGGCCGGGCUGCCGGCGCUGGGCGGCGCUGGUGCACCUGGGCAUGCUGGCGCUGUUGCUAUGGCAGGCGUACUCCUGCUACUUCCUGCUGGAGGCGUACGGCGUGCUGGCCUUCGUCCUGUCGCCUGUGCGCACCUGGGCGCUGCUGCUGAGCCUCCUGCUGAUCUACCGCGCCUGGAAGGGCCCCAUGCCACACCUCCGCAGCGACAGCAAGGCCAGCUUGGCCUCGUGACCCUGCGCUAGCGCCAACGCUAGCGGGGAUUUUGAUACUGUACAAUAACGUGUUCGGGUUGGAUUUUUUCUUUUUUUUGUUACUAAAAGAUUGCUAUUA